AUGGCGCAACUUCGAAGUUACCAGAGGCAACUUUUCGCCGCCCUGGUAACUGGCCGCUCUGUGCCGCCUGAGGCAAGAUUCUCACCAGGUGGCAACUCCAAACCCUACUCAUGGCUGGAGCGGCCCUGGCUGUGUGUGUGUGUGAACUCUGAGCUCUUCACUCUGACAUAUGGUGCUCUCGUCACCCAGCUGUGUAAAGACUAUGAAAAUGAUGAAGAUGUCAACAAGCAGCUGGAAAAAAUGGGAUACAACAUAGGUGUGAGACUCAUAGAAGAUUUUUUGGCACGGUCAAGUAUUGGGAGGUGUCAUGAUUUUCGGGAAACAGCUGAUGUUAUAGCAAAGGUGGCCUUUAAAAUGUACCUGGGGAUCACACCUACUAUCACAAACUGGAGUCCAGCAGGAGAUGAAUUCUCCCUCAUCCUCGAGAACAACCCUCUUGUAGACUUUGUUGAGUUGCCAGACAACCAUUCUACUUUGGUCUAUUCCAACCUGCUGUGCGGGGUACUGCGGGGAGCCCUAGAAAUGGCAAGUGACAACUUUUUUUUUUUUAAUACAACCAUGUAGAUUAAUCUUUUCUGUGCCUGCU